CCUCCGCGCCGCGCGCUGGCUACUGCGCUGAGACCGCAUCUCGCCUGUGGGGGGCGGGCUCCGGGGCCCCCAGCGCCCUGACCCCCGCCCGGUUCCGAGGGGGCCCGGGCCGGAUGGGCGCCGAGGCCCGGACGAUGCAGCCACCGCCGCCGCCCGGCCUCAGCGUCAGCCUUAGCCUUAGCCGCGGCGGGAGGAGGAGGCUGCGGAGGUGACGACUCGGAGCUGCGAUCUGGUCGAAGCCCCCGGCCGGGAGGAGUUGGAGCCGGAGCCCCACGCGCCCGGCGCGCCUGCUUGGCCCGGGGCGGGGCGGCUCCGGGGACUGGGCCGGGGCCGGGCCAUGCAGCGCUCGCAGGCGGACGCAGCCGCUCUGCUUCGCGCCAGCAGGCUGCUGGCCGAUCUGUCCCUGGCGGAGCCGGGCGCGGACGGCUGGUGCCGGGGGCGGCCAGGGCAGCGGCCCACGGCCCCGGAGGAGGCGGCCCCUGCUCGUUCCUGGAGGGUGGACGGCGGCGGCUGCCCGGAGCCCGGCGGCUUCCUAGAGCGCUGCCAGCGACGGACAGCUUACGAGGGCCCCGGCGCCCGCCUGGUCGCCCCAUCUUCAGAGCCUAGCGCCAAGGCCGCGGGCAGCUCCCGCGGGGCCAGCCUGGCGGACUCAGAGGGCUUCGGGAGCCGACCUUGCAGCACUCGCACCAGCGGCAUCAGCCUGGGCUACGACCAGCGACACGGCAGCCCGCGCUCCAGCUGCUCCGACCCCCGCGGGCCGGGGCCGCCGGAGCAGCCCCACGACGCUGCGAGCCCCGGGCUGGCCCGGCUCGGCACCGCCCCCGCCCGCCCCGCCUGGUGCGGAGGCCCGGGGGCGGGCGGCAGCGCCCGCUCCAGCGUCUCUAGCCUGAGCUCCCGGGGCUCGGCGGGUGCCUAUGCCGACCUGCUGCUGCUGCCGCCACCCGCCCCACCGCCCUCGGCCUCGGCCGGCCAUGCCCAGCCCGCGGCUGGAGCCCGGCUUCAGCUGCCCUUCCAGGUGACCACGGGCCAGGAGGGAGGUCUCAGCCCCGCGGAGCGGAGGCUCGAAGCACUGACCCUGGAGCUGGAGAGGGAGCUGGACCUGAGAACGAAGAAGGAGUAUUUCGGAGUUUGUAUAAAGUGCAGGACAGGCAUCUACGGGGCGAGUCAGGCCUGCCAGGCAAUGGGGAGCCUUUACCACACCAGCUGUUUUACCUGCUACUCCUGCGGGAGAAGACUCCGGGGAAAGGCCUUCUACAAUGUAGCUGGGAAAGUUUACUGUGAGGAGGACUUCCUGUACUCAGGGUUUCAGCAGACAGCCGAUAAGUGCUUCGUGUGUGGACACCUCAUCAUGGAGAUGAUUCUCCAGGCCCUUGGGAAGUCCUACCACCCCGGCUGUUUCCGAUGUGUUGUAUGUAAUGAAUGCUUGGAUGGCGUCCCUUUCACCGUGGAUGUCGAGAACAAUAUUUACUGUGUCAAAGAUUAUCACACCGUUUUUGCACCCAAAUGUGCCUCAUGUACCCGACCCAUCCUUCCUGAAAAGGGCUGUGAAGAAACUAUCCGGGUGGUGUCAAUGGAUAAAGAUUAUCAUGUGGAAUGUUAUCACUGUGAGGAUUGUGGGCUCCGUCUGAAUGAUCAAGAAGGCCGCCGCUGCUAUCCCUUGGAAGGCCACCUGCUGUGUCGAAGCUGCCACAUGGGGCGCCUCCCCACCCCGACCCUGACCAAUUAUACUAUGCAUAUGACAGAGCUCUGAUGGACUCCCUACUGGAUCAGAGCUCUAGCCCAGGCCCAGGAGAAUUUUUUUUUUCAGUUCCUUGACCUGGUGCUUCUUUAGGCAGAGUGAGGUGAGGGUCUCUCCCCGACCUGCCACCCAGGAGUUUUUCUGGACCAGAGUAGUGCCUUCCCACUAGUCCCCUCAGACAUAUACAGCUCUGUUCUCUGGGCUCUAAUGUCCUGAGAGAUAGCUAUGGAAUGGAACCGAUUCCUACAAGUUUCUUCGUGCCAAGGCUGGGCUGGGCCCUAUACUCCCUUGCCAUGACUUAACUUGUGCCACUUUUUCCUUUUAAUUCUAGAGUGGCAGCCUUGUAGUCCCAUCCCCAUAGGUGCCUGAAUCAAGAAACCCUGGGCCCCAAGCACAUGGGAUUGCUGAAAAUGGGGAUGAUCUGGGUCCUGAGCCCAAGUCAGGGCACUUCCUGUCAUCCAGGAUGUGUUCCAUGGUCCUACAGGACUUUUGAGAUCUUAGCCUGUCUCUGUCUUCAAGUUUGAGUGAUCUCUUCACCUUCCUUCCCAAACAAACAUUCUAGUCUCAGGGAUCCCAGACCCCAACCUGGUUUGGUAGAAAAUUGUUGAUAGCAGAGGUCAGACAGAUGGGUAGAAAGGAUGCCUAGAUUCUGAAAGGGAGCAGGUUGGGAAUUGGACAUGUCCUAUUCUUGGUAUAAACUUUUACUACUCUCCUGGAACCACCUCCUUCAGGAAGUUCAGUGGACCAUGUUGGUUGCUACCCAGAGGUGGUUCUGGAUUGUUGUACUUUCAAGACCCAUUGUCUCUGAGCUUUUCUCCCCUACUCUGAAGCAGGUUGAAAUUGUUAAUUGUCUCAUUGUGUCUCCAUAGGCCAUUUCUGAGCCUAGUGGCAAAGGGCAGAGUGCUCUAGGCCCUGGCCAUGUAGGACCAGAAUCCACAGGCCAGAGUGGGGAGUUCCUGGGGAUUGUGCUCUUACAUGUUAUAGUGCAUUGCCCAGGGAAGUAGUGCUAUAUCUGGACCAAGGAAGUUGGGGUGGUUGUCUUCAGGGACCCUCCUGGCCUCUUUUGGCUUUGUCCCCUCUCCUAGCUGGGGUUGAGAUGAGGGAUGGAAUAUGCAGGACCAGGAAGUGUGGAGUGCUGCAGAGUUAUGGGGGAUUGUGGUGUGUUCGUAUAUUUUCUGAAGGAGGGCAUCAUGUCUCAUUAGGAUGAGUGCUAUGUGUAGUGGUUGAAAUAUAGUGUGUUUGCAUGUGGAGAGGGUGAUGUAUUAGCAUGUUGCUCAAAGCAUGUCUGGUUAGGAUGAAUGUUGUGUGGUCAGGACAGAUGACAUGCUUGUGUGUAAUUGGGAAAGGUAGUGUGUCUGUGUGUGCUGGCAGAACAAUAAAAAGCAGCUGUUGUUUGCCCAUGUCCUUUCCUGGGAUUCCUGUUAACUACCACAUGCUAUUCAAAUCAAGCAGUAUGGGAAGUAAUUAAAGGACAGGAGAAGCUCAGGAAUCAGGUGGGACUCUUAGUGACUGGUUGGAUCCUCCAUGGGCUUUUAGCUAGUGAGUAUAGGGGGUCAAGUGGACUUUUGUUGGGGGUGGCAAGGGAGGGGGUCCUGUGGUCCAUUCCUCUUUUGCUACAGGCUGAGAAUUCCUCCCUUAUCAUUCUGCUUUAUCAAUAUCCCUUGUCACCUUUCCUGGCCUUUUUUUUUGUCCCAGGACUCCAAGGUGCCUGGCUGUGACAGUGUGGGUGGCUGAGGUUGUGUGUGCCCUGGUGCAUGUAUGUGGUUGUGACAGUGAUUGCUAUUGCAUGUGUGGCUAUGACUAGGGGCUGAAUCUAAGGGCACAGCUUCCUUGGCUAUCAAGACUCUCUGGGAAGAAGGAUUUUGAGGGAACCAUAGGAAGGGGACCCACAGAAAACCCUGUUUCCUUGUGCUGCAAGAGAAGUGUAUUUAUGACUUCAUUAUAUAGCUGAUGCCAGGACAAAGGCCAAAAUUUGACUUAAAUUAAGUUUUUUUUCCUUUGAGAAUGUUUUCAUUUUCUUUAAAAGAAUAUAGUUUUCUUCCAAGAACUUGGACCGAGGUUGUUUCUGAAACUUUGUAGGAAAUCCUCUCAAUGCCCAGUUUGUAUAUCAUGAAGCUGGUUUGUGCAGGGCACACAAUCCAGUUUAAUUAUUUUUGUAUGAAUUCUUCUAUCACCUCAGAAUGUGCUUUUGCGCCUCCUCUGAGGCUUCAGAGUACAGGGGAAUGGGGGGGGGAAUGGGGUGCUUUUGUUUCUGUGUCCAAUUCCUUUGGUCUUUAAGGAAAUGGAACUUUUGGGGAAAACCAGAUUUAUUUAUUUAUCUAAAAGAUUGCUCAUCCUUUUCUUAAGUUAUCACUGGGUUUUUGUUCUGUCCAAUAAAUAUGUUUUCUAUCUGCUUCUUGUGGUAUUGGGGUGGGAGAUACUUUGUGAUGGCAUAUAAGCCUGUAGCCCCUCCAGUCUGAGACCUCCUCUUGAUCAGUGGCCUCUGGAUUCAGGAAGGAUUUUUUCUUCUUUGCAAACCUUCUAUCUAAAUGUCCUGUUUGGUACAGGGACUCAAGGGAUCUGGCCCCACAGACAAGGUUUACUUAAUGUUUUCUACCAUGGCCAGUCUUCAGCAGAGCUGAUGGAUUUGGCUCCAUUUCCCUCCCUUGAGAGAGAGAAGGCAGGGAUGGACGGAUUGUCCUGGGCUUCAGACUAAUAACUCUCGUAGUGUGCUCUGGGAAUCAGGAGGCCUCUCCAAAGAAACCUGGGUUUCUCAAGAAUGGUCUGCAUUUGCUCAAGGGCUGUCAGAGGUCAGAAGAAAACAGCAUCUGUAUGUGGUCUGCUUUCGGUCACUCAGGUCAUUUUAUGUGUAGCCCACUUUUCACCUGAUCCUAUAGUUUCCAUGAAUUGCUGAGUUCAAUCUGUGCUGUUUUGGACGUAAGUAUACCUCAGUCAGCUUGAGUCUCUCCAUCAACCAGGAACCUCUAAAAAGCAUCUGAACUCCAUUUGCACCAAGCUAAUCAAGUAGCCUAAGAGUACAUAUUUUGAAAGUAAAACAAUUAAUUGGGAUAAAAAUAAUUGCUAGUGCAGCAGAGAAACAUUCCUCAUUCCGAA